GCAAGGCUCUGUCACCAAGUGGGUCAUCUAGUGGCUGCUCAAAAACUAGGUCAUCUGACAGCUCCUCACAAAGUGGGUCAUCUGUCAGCAAGACGCUGUCUCAGUUUGCAUUUAACCCAAAACCUGAAACAGACAGUGCACAAAAAAUAGCAGCUGAAGAGACUACAGAGGUAAAACCAAUGGAUGAAUCUCCAAUGCAAGAAACAAAUGAGAAAGAAAAUAACAAUGAAGUAACUAAACUAGUCAAGGACGCAGAGGAAAGUAUUACAUGUCAAGACGAUGAAGAUUCACCUCCGUCUAAAAAACCCAAGAGUGCAAGGCUUUCAAAUGGAAACUCUACUAGAAGGGGAAGACCUUCAAAAGAGGGGACAUCACCAGUGUCUGUUAAAGAAGAGAAACCACCUUCAAGAUCCUCCAGGCGCCUUAGCAACAAAAAAGUUCCAGAAAAUCAACCAUCCAUUCUUGCAAUGUUCGGCUCCAAGUCAAAGCCUGAAAAGAAAGCUGAUGAUGACCAAAAUAAAUCUGAUGAGGAAGUUGAUGAAGUGGAUGGAGACACUGCAAAUAGCCCUAAGAGAAUAAAACUUUUAGAGGAAAAUGACAAAAACAAAAAAGAAAGCAGAAGUGUAAGAAAGGUGGAUAUAGUUCCUCUCAAACCUGCUCCCCUGCAGUGUAAUGAAUGUCUAAAAUAUCUGGAUGACCCUGAAUUAAAGCUUUUUCCUGGUGACCCUGACGAAGCGGUUGAAGAGUUGAUAGCACUAACUGAUCCAAAGUUGUCACUGUAUACUGGAAAUGAAGAUUACGACAAGAUGACAGAUGACAGGCCUCAGCAUAAGAUCACCAACUUUAGCGUCUACGACAAGAACACACACUUGUGUGCGUUCGAUACCGGCUUGAUUGAGAGGAAUAAAUACCUGUUUUUUAGUGGAGUACUCAAGCCAAUUUUUGAAGAGGAUGCUAGCCCAGAAGGUGGUGUGCCGUGUAGGAACAUGGGUCCCAUCAAUGAGUGGUUUGUCUCAGGCUUUGAUGGUGGAGAGAACGCUCUGAUUGGAUUCUCUACAGCAUUUGGAGAGUACAUCCUGAUGCAGCCCAGCGAGGCGUAUGCCCCAUUUAUUGAACAAAUGAAGGUCAAAGUUCAUAUGUCAAAAACAGUGAUUGAGUUUUUGAUGAACAACCAAGAGGCUUCAUACGAGGAUUUACUUAACAAAAUUCAGACCACAGUCCCCCCUGCAGGCUUGAAGAGUUUCUCUGAAGAUUCCCUGCUCCGCCACGCCCAGUUUGUUGUGGACCAGGUUCAGAGUUUUGAUGAUGCUGCGGAUGAAGAGGAUUUCCUCUUGAUUACAACACCCUGUAUGAGGGCUCUUAUAAAACUUGCUGGUGUCACCCUGGGCAAAAGGAGACAACUAAGAAAAGAUGUUGGAAAAGUAAAAGCUAAGAAAGAGAAACCUACACAUUCAAAAGCCACAGUGACACCUUUAGUUCGAGGAAUAUUUGAUUCUAUAUUCCAAGGGCAGAUAACAGAUGAGGAAGCAGCCAAAUCUAAGCGCCAGCGGUGUGGCAUUUGUGAAGUCUGUCAACAAUCUGACUGUGGGAAAUGUGUGGCCUGUAAAGACAUGACCAAAUUUGGAGGAACUGGUCGAGCAAAACAAGCUUGUAAAGAGAGAAGAUGCCCAAAUAUGGCAAUCAAGUCAGCAGAAGAGGAUGACAUUGAGGAAGAAGCUGAAAAUGAGACACUAGAAGAAAAAGCAGCAGCAGUUAUCAAGCACAAGGCAGCUAAAAACUCCAAGACCAAGGUCUCAUGGGUGGGCAGUGCUGUCUGUGAAGAAGGGAAGAAGUUCUACUCUAAGGCUAGAAUAAAUGAUUUUGAAAUCACAGCAGGUGACUUUGUGUCCAUAUCACCAGCUGACCCAGCACAGCCGUACUACAUCGCUAAGAUACAGUAUCUGUUUGAGGACAGCUCUGGCAAGCAGGCGCAUGUCCACUGGUACUACAGGGGCUGUGAGACUGUGCUGGGGGAGGCCUCGGACCCCCUCGAGCUCUUUAUGGUUGAUGAAUGCGAUGAUAAUGAAUUGAUUACUGUACAUGAUAAAGUUACGGUAAUUUACAAGACGAUCCCUGAUGACUGGAGUAUGAAAGGUGGAAUUGAAAACCCUGACGAAGAUAAUGUUAUCAAAGAGGAUGAUGGGAAGACAUUUUUCUAUCAAAAGUUUUAUGACCCAGAGCUGGGUCGGUUUGAAGACCCUCCAAGUGUAGAGAAAAACUGUAGCACUGAGAAUUUCUGCGUCAGCUGCCGCAGAGCAGAAGAGAAGAGGGCGCUGAUGGACACAAGUCUGCUUGAGCAGGUUGAGGUGGAGAAUGCAGCAACAGGUCACUUAUACUACAACAAGCUGCGGCUAGAUGGUCAGGUGUAUCAGGUCGGAGACUGUUGCUACCUGGACCCUGAAGCUUACGGCUUCCAGAUCAAACAUCCCAAGAUGGCAGCCAAGCAACCCAAGUCAAAAAAUAUUGAUGAGGAUAUAUACCCAGAGGCCUACAGGAAAUCUGAGUAUGUCAAGGGUUCCAAUGACCAAUGUCCAGAGCCAUUCCGUGUUGCCAGAAUCAUUCAAAUUUCAGCCCGGAAGAGUGCAGGGAAACAAACACCAAACUUGAAGGAAAUCAAGUUGAAAGUCAAUAAAUUUUACAGAAUAGAGAACACACAUAAAGGGCAGCAAGCGGUGUACCACAUGGACUUGAAUAAACUGUACUGGAGUGAGGAGCAGGCUAGUGUAGACAGCUCCGUGGUCUGUGGCAAGUGUACGGUCAUGUACCAAGACAACCUGCAGGAGUCUGUCGACUCUUAUUUUAUGGCUGCGCCUGACAGGUUUUAUUUUAACGAGGCUUACAACGCAGAUACGCGGGAGUUUGAGGAGCCGCCUGCAAAAGUGAGACUGAUGGGAAGCAAAGGAAAGGGAAAAGGGAAAGGAAAGGGGAAAGGGAAAUCAAGUAUGAAGGAAGAAACACAGGUUGAUAAUGUAGAAGAAAUUUUUGACAUGUACAGACUCCGUACGUUGGAUGUUUUUGCUGGUUGUGGAGGGUUGUCUGAGGGCUUCCACCAAGCCGGCAUGGCAGAAAGUCUUUGGGCUAUAGAGAAAGAGCAGCCCGCUGCCCAAGCUUUCCGCCUCAACAACCCCAAAUGUACAGUGUUCACUGACGACUGUAACCUCCUACUCCAGAGAGUUAUGCAAGGGGACAAAACUGAUGAACUGGGACAAAAAUUACCUCAAAAGGGUGAUGUUGAGUUGCUAUGCGGAGGCCCACCAUGCCAGGGCUUUAGUGGCAUGAACAGAUUCAACUCCAGGGAGUAUUCCAAGUUCAAGAACUCACUGAUUGCCUCCUACCUCAGCUACUGCGACUACUACAGACCCAGAUUUUUCCUGCUGGAAAAUGUGCGCAACUUUGUUUCAUACAAGCGCAGUAUGGUGCUGAAGCUGACGCUGCGCAGCUUGUUGCGUAUGGGUUAUCAGUGUACUUUUGGAGUCCUUCAGGCAGGGAGCUAUGGCGUGGCACAGACCAGGAGGAGGGCUAUUAUUUUAGCAGCCGCCCCUGGGGAAAAGCUACCUCUCUACCCAGAGCCUAUGCACAUCUUCGCACCUCGAGCUAUGCAGCUGUCAGUUAUGGUGGACGACAAGAAAUUUUAUUCAAACAUCAAGAACAUGACCUCAACACCAUACAGAACAAUAACAGUACGAGACGCCAUGUCCGAUUUACCUGAAAUUAAGAACGGUGCCAAAACAGAAGAAAUUUCUUACAAAGGUGAUGCCCAAACCCACUUCCAGCGUCUGAUCCGAGGCAGCCAGCACCAGACUGUGCUGAGAGAUCACAUCUGUAAGGAGAUGAGCCCGCUGGUGGCAGCUCGGAUGAUGAAUAUCCCCCUGACCCCUGGCUCUGACUGGAGGGAUCUGCCUAACCUUGAACUUCGGCUUUCUGAUGGCAACAAGGCUAAAAAAUUACUUUACACACACCCUGACAAGCGCAACGGCAAAGGAUCAAAUGGUCAGCGUAGAGGCGUGUGCAGCUGUGCAGCAGGAGGUGCAUGUGACCCCCUUGACCGCCAGUUCAACACGUUGAUACCCUGGUGUCUCCCCCACACAGGGAACAGGCACAACCACUGGGCUGGGUUGUAUGGCCGGCUGGAUUGGGACGGCUUCUUCAGUACGACAGUGACCAACCCAGAACCCAUGGGGAAGCAGGGUCGAGUUCUUCACCCAGAGCAGCAUCGUGUUGUCAGUGUUAGAGAGUGUGCCAGGUCUCAAGGGUUCCCUGACUCGUACAGAUUCUUUGGCAACAUUUUGGACAAACACAGACAGAUUGGCAAUGCUGUGCCUCCACCAAUGGGAAGAGCAAUUGGCUUAGAAAUAAAGAAAAGUCUGGUCUGGAAGCAGAAACAAGAUGGUGGAAAAAGGAAGUUAACCAAUGGAAAUGUCACAGAGAACUUGACAGAGGUAGAUGAUAAAACCAGCAGUAAAAAAACAGAAAUGGAAGCUGAAAUUAAACCAGGAGGAUCCUCAAGUUCCUAAUAUUGUUUAGUAUUAAUCUAAAGUUUAUAAGAUAGUUAUAUUGUUAAGCUGUAUCUAAGUUCAAUUGAUCUAGGUAGAUUCGCACAACCUGGUGAUACUGAUAGCCUGAAAACUUUCCCAGUUUUUUUCAAACUGUGAUGUUUUUAUUUGAUUUGAAAAUCUUUACAUCUAUUUACAGUUUUACAUGUUUUUAUCUCUUAGAGAAGGUGGUUUAGAGAGGAAAAUAAUGCAAUGCAAAUUUAGCUUGUUUUAAAAAAAACUUCAGUAAAAUUAUUUUCAAGAUGUUUAUAAUGUAAAUAAUAAAGAUGUUUUGAACUGAAAUUUUUAUCAAAAUUGUGUACAUUUUAAGCACUCAUUUAUGUCUUAUUUACAUGUUCUUGUUAAAGUUUAUCUUUUAUGGCAAAUUAAAAUUUAUGUGUAAAUAUACAAUGUUCAUGUAUAAACAUUUUUAUUGAUUAUGUA